CAAACGGCCCUACCUGCGACGUACCUGAAUUAAUUGCGACUUGCUGCCACUCAGUGCUGCCCACGACCGAAAGCCCCAGUUCCAUUGCGGACCCCGCGCACGCUUGGUUGACCCCCGCGCAUUUUCCCCCCUCCCGUUCUGCUUCGGCGUCGUCCCUGAACCGCUUGUGCGAACACCUCGGAUUCCGGCCCCCAACGUAAACUCAGGUAGAUACGCGAACGAAUAACCAACCAUGGCGGAGAAGCCGUCGGUGUUGAUCAUCGGCGGUCUCGGCUACAUUGGCCGCUUCCUGGCCCUGCACAUCCACCAGAACAAGCUCGCCUCCGAGGUGCGGAUCGUCGACAAGGUCCUCCCGCAGCUGGCAUGGCUGCCGCCCGAGUUUGAGGAGGCAUGCGCCGGGUCCAAGUUCGUGCAGGCAGAUGCGGCGAGAGAACAGUCCUUGCCGAGGAUAUUUGACAGGGCGGACGGGAAACAGUGGGAUUACGUCUUCAAUUGCGGCGGCGAGACACGCUACUCGCAGGAUGAUGAGGUGUACAAGCUGCGGUCCCUCCAGCUUUCCCUCACAGUGGGCAGGGAGGCGGCCAAGCGGGGCGUCAAGUGCUUUGUCGAGCUGAGCACGGGGAUGGUCUACAAGUCCGAUUCUUCGCCGAGCAAAGAAGGCGACAAGCUGAAGCCGUGGAGCAAGAUUGCUGUGUUCAAACUGCAAGCGGAGGAGGAGCUCGCAAAGAUUGAGGGGUUGAACUUGGCCAUCGUGCGGCUUCCCCAUGUCUACGGACCAUACGCCUCGCAAUGGGUCGCCACGGCGCUCUGCAUGGCACGGGUCUACAAGGCGCUCGAGUCCGAGAUGAAGUGGCUGUGGACAAAAGACCUACGCACCAACACGGCGCACAUCCACGAUGUGGUGCGGGCGCUGUGGUCCGUCGCGACCUGGUACGACGCGGGCAAGGCUAAGUGGGACGAGGGGGCAAUGGGCAAGACUCCCACCUUCAAUGUGGUCGACAAGGGCGUCACGACGCAGGGGGUCAUGGCCGACAUCAUCGGCCAGAUAUUCGGCAUCGAGACGGGCUUCCAGGGGCAGCUCGUCAGCACCUUCGCCAAGCUCAACCUCGACAGCGUCGUCGACGACGUCAACGACGAGCUCUUGGGACCGUGGGCCGACCUCCUCGCCGAGGCCGGCAUCACAAGACCCGGCCCGCUGACGCCGUUUAUGGAGAAGGAGCUGUUGAAGGACACCGAUCUCAGCAUGGAUGGCUCGAGGUUAGAGGAGGUGAUUGGAUUCACGUACGAAAAGCCCAAGAUCUCCAAGGAGCUGGUGGAGGAGGUGAUUGAGAGCUACAAGAAGAUGAACUGGUGGCCUUGACGGUUCUAGAGCGAGUUGAGCUGGGGUUCUGGGUCGGGGACGGCGUCAGCUUUGGGGAGGGUUGUGCAGUUCGGCAAUGUCACGGGGGCGCGAGAUACUGAGGGUCGAGACGGGAUUGGUACACGACUAAUGUUGGAUCGACGGUCCCCUGGCGGGUUAGGAGCGGGAGGAAGGUGAUGUAAUUCUAGGAUAUCCCUAUUUCAGCUAAUAAUACUGCAGGUGCUUAGCGA